GCAAGCUGCCUAACAAAACGCAACACCGGUACGACGUCACUCGGGAGCCUGGUCCGGUUAGCUGUCAGCUACGUAGUAAGGAAGGGCAUGGAGCUACAUUUAUACAGUUAUACAUGCGUCGUAGCGUCCUAAAGGUACACCAGGAUUUGUUUUUCCCCGGGUUUUGGAUAUUUCUAUGUGCAACGGCUCGUUUCGUUUCGACAUCUUGAACAAACAGUAGCUAGCUAACAGGCUAUCUUAGCGUGUAACCUACCGUUAACUAUUAACGAUAACGUUGGUGCAACCCGAAAAGCUCAUGGCGUUAAUCCUGUUUACGAGGUCCCGAGCACCUUUAAUGAAAACCUCCAGGUCCCUAAAUAACGAGUUCAAGAAAGGCAAAGGGAAAGUACAAGAUGGAGCCUGUUUCAACUGCACAGCUCUGCGCCUCUCCAGUCAAACACGACUUGGCAGCUUGGCCCAGGUGUCGUCCCUGGGCCCCUCCGUCCCCUCAGCAGAUGGAUGCGUGGGCCCCUCCCAGAGCCUGGACAUACAGCGCCUCUACUGUGGUUUCGCCCUGGCCUCUUCUUCGGUGUACCCCGCGGCCACCACGGGGACCCACUGGACCAUGGCCCGCCCGCGGCACCUACCCUGUGUCAGGUGGAUACACACCUCCGGGAGCAGGUGGGACGACUCCAAGGUGGAGAAGUCACUGCGGUCGUUAAAGGACAAGAAGAAGAAGCUGGAGGAAGGCGGGCCGGUGUACAGCCCCACGCUGGACGCGGCCCCCGUGAAAAGGACACUGCGCCAGUGGGUGGUAGACGAGGUCAAGCACUACUACCACGGCUUCAGGCUGCUGUGGAUCGACACCACCAUCGCCGGGCGGAUGCUUUGGAGGGUGUUGAACGGACACCCGCUGUCCCGCCGCGAGAGGAGACAGUUCCUCCGGACGUGCGCCGACGUCUUCCGGCUGCUGCCCUUCCUGGUGUUCAUCAUCGUCCCCUUCAUGGAGUUCCUGCUUCCCGUAGCGCUGAAGCUUUUCCCCAACAUGCUGCCGUCCACCUUCGAGACGCAGUCCAAGAAGGAGGAGAGGUUGAAAACGGAGCUGAGGGUCAAACUGGAGAUGGCCAAGUUCUUGCAGGACACCAUCGAGGAGAUCGCUCUGCGGAACAAGGCGGCCCAGGGCAACGUGACGGAGGAGUUCUCCACCUUCUUCCAGAAGAUCCGGGACUCUGGGGAACGUCCCAGCAAUGAGCAGAUCAUCAGAUUCUCCAAACUGUUCGAGGACGAGCUGACUCUGGACAACCUGACCCGGCCCCAGCUGGUGGCUCUCUGCCGCCUCCUGGAGCUCCAGUCCAUCGGGACCAACAACUUCCUCCGCUUCCAGCUCAUCAUGAAGCUCCGGACCAUCCGCGCGGACGACAAGCUGAUAGCGGAGGAAGGCGUGGAGAGCAUGAGCGUGAACGAGGUGCAGACGGCGUGUCGCGCCAGAGGCAUGAGGUCACUCGGAGUCACAGAAGAACGGCUGAGGGAGCAGCUCAUCCAGUGGCUGGAGCUCCAUCUGAACCAGCAGAUCCCCACCUCCCUGCUGCUGCUGUCUCGAGCCAUGUUCCUCCCCGACACCCUUUCCCCCGCCGACCAGCUGAAGACCACGCUGCAGACGCUGCCCGAGAUAGUGACAAAGGAGGCCCAGAUGAUGGUGGCGGAGAUGGAGCUCUCCAAAGUGGACAAUAAGGCCAAGGUGGAGACCACGCUGCGGGAGGAGGCGGCCAUACGCCAGGACAACAAGGACCGGGCGAUGGAGAGGUUGGCGGACGCCGCGGAGAAGGCCGCCAAGGAGGGCGAGUUGGAGUUUGAGGCGGAGCAGGUCAAAGCGGACGUCGCUGCUCACUCGGAGACGCUGAAGGACACGGCGCCGGUCAUCGAAGGCAUCAAGGGUGAGGAGAUCACCAAAGAUGAGAUUGACCUGUUGAGCGACGCGUGCUCAAAGCUGAAGGAGCAGAAGAAGCUGCUGACCCUGGAGAAGGAGGAGCUGGAGGAGCUGAAGGACGACGUCCAGGAAUACAACGAGGAUCUGGAGGAGAUAAAGAUGGAGCUCUCCAAGACCGGCCAAGAAAAGGCGCUGGAGGAGUCGAAGGCCAGCCAGCGCCUGUCAAAGAGGGUCAACCGCAUGAUCGGUCGCAUCGACAAGAUCAUCGGGGAACUGGAGAAGGACAAGGUCAUCCUGGACGGACAGAUGGACGGCGGGUCCACGCCGCCCGUCGGAUUAUUCUUUACUAAACAGAGCGAUGCCAAAAGUCUGUUCUACACCUUCAGGGAGAACCUGAUCAGCAUCGCGGAGCUCAUCGGCGUCAUGCGGCAGAUCCAGAACAUCCCGGAGCACAAGCUGCAGAGCAUCGCCGAGGCGCUGGACGACAACAAGGACGGCAAGAUCGACAUCGACGACGUCAUCAAGGUGGUGGAACUGAUCGACAAGGAGGACAUCGACAUCUCCACCACGCAGGUGGCCGACAUCAUGGUGAUGCUGCAGAAGGAGGAGAAGCUGAUCGAGAAGGAGAAGGCCAAAGAGAAGGCGGAGAAGGAGGAGAAGGAGCAGGCAGCCACGCGCAACCGCUAACUGGUUCCCCAUCAGGACACUGGGCAUUUGUAAACAACAACAACAACCGCUGAGAGGUUUGGGGGGGGGGGAGGGGCUCCGGUCACACAAACACACAAACCGAGGUUACAGCUGCCUCAAACCAUCAAUUUAAGAUAAAAAAAAGAAGAAAUGAACUGCUAUCUAAUGUAAAAAGGUACAAAAUCAAAAAGAAACUCAUCACCGUUAUGUUAAACUCUUCUGCACUGUUUGUGUAUUAUAUGCUGAUAUUUGGUUUUUGUGUAAUUUUACUCAAUAAUUUAUUGACCGAGGGAUCAAAAUGACAUGAAGAGAUGGCAGAUUAAUCACACAAAAGGAAACCAAUCCGUUGUAGGAGGAUGCUUGUUGAAGCUUGACGUGGAGCGUCUUCUCAUUUCAUUCAUGUCGUCAUCUCAGAGAAAUGAGAGAUCAUUUCUGGACUUUGCACAGUAAAAAAAAAUCAUCGUCAUUACCAUCUGCUCGCUUUCCUUUUCUUUGAUUUGAGUUCAUUCCUCGUUCUCCCACAUUGUAAAGCAACCAUUGUAAAGUGUGCUUUGUGCUGAUUGCAGAGGAUUGAAACGCGGCUGCAACCAAAUACGCAAUCACGCCUUCUUCAGAGAUCAUCCCAUAACGUGAGUUUAUUCUAACCAUGAAAACAAAUCAUCGUUUUAUGAAUUAAUAGCACGACGUUCAUAUCAAUAUUAAAAACCCCGGCUGUCGUGUUUUUAUAACGUCCUCGUAGCUCAUGUCUUUAGAUAAAUAUUCCUUUAGUGGCCCACAGAUCUCUGUAAUAUGCCAAAGUUGCGGUGCGUUUGAUGACGGAGGGACGUAAUCAGAGCGAGGCGCCAAUCACGGAUCAAUAAGCCGUAGACGGUUAGGUUCCUGCACAGAGGGUCAAAGUGGCGCUUUGGUACCUUUUUACUUCUUUUGCACCAAGUUGUAUGAAAACUUUAUUUUUAUUUUUUAUCUGGACCUCCGUAGUUUUGAAAGCAAAGUGGCCUUUUUUUGUGAGAUCUUAUGGACUGUAAACUGUUGUGUAUUUAUUUUUGAGUAUUCUACAUCGAUGGUGGAGCUGAUAUUAUUUAGUUGGAUGAACUCAGGCGGUUUGAGUCCUCGGGGUGUUUUUAUUUUAGAAUAAUAUCCAGUAAACUGGGCUUUACCUUCAUUAUUCUACUGGGUUCCAAAGGCGAUUCCUGAACACAUAUUCCAGUUAGUUAUAUUUCAUUGGUUUUAUUUAAUGAUUUAAUGUAGAGAACAAAAAUAAAUAGAAAAUAUUUGGUUAAUAACCAAACAAAAAUGUGUCAUCAACAAAAAAAAAAAAAUCUCACAAUCUAAACUCGGAUAAUUGGAAAUCAUAAGCCUCUUAUCUUUGAAUUAGCCACAUUAUCUUACAUGAUAACCUGACUCUUAAUAAAAUAAUUAAUUCAUUUCUCAACCAUCAGAGCGACUGAAAACGGCUUUUUAUCGUUAAUCCUGAUGGUUCCUGGUGCUUAGAAGUAGUUUUUCGCUGACAUUUGUAAUGCGACGAAAUCGUUCAUUUCCUACAGAAACAAAAACAAUGGAGCCCUGAAAUCAAGUAUAUUUGUAUUAUAACAAUUUAAUCACUUAAUACAGAGCUAAAACUAGAAGAAAACAUUUUCCUUGUUUACAGAAGGAAAAAGACUUGUUGUUUUUGAUUGUCUUCAUUCGCUGUGCACUAUGUUUUAAAGAAUGAGAAAGGAAGGAGGGAGGGAGGGAGGGAGGGAAGGAGGCAAGGAGGCAUCAGAAGCCUUAAGGCAGCAAGCUCGUUUCCAGGCUGCUUUCAGCGACCUGAAGCCGCUGAGGAGGAGAACUGAGUGGAGGAGGCGAGGAGACGACCAGGAGGGAUCCUUUUCUCCCCUUUGAGGAGCAGAGAGUCAGGAAGAAAAGGAGCAAUAAGCAGACGUUUUAUGCAUUUGUAUUUGAGUAUGUUAAAGGACACUUUUAGGACAGAUGUGCCCACUUUUUUUCACUCUUUUUGCACUAAUCAUGAGAAGAAUGCUACUUAUUUUUGUAGGAUGUAUAAACGUAGAGGAGGAGAGGCUUGUUUAGUUGGAGUUUAAAUGGCAGCUGGAGAUUGGAAGCAGGAUCCGUGUUGGUUUUUCAGGUUGAAAGGAGUCUGUUCUUCUGCACAAAGCCUCCUCGAGGAGCAGCUCAGACCUCCUUCAGGUCCACACAGGUUAAGGUGAAACGGGUUUAGAGAUCUGCAGCCACCAGGAAAACCGAUGUUGGGUUAGAAUCUUUUUUUUUUUUUUUUUUUUCCUGCGUUGUCUCCGAUUUAAAGAAGGAAAGCAAAGAUAAACGUCCCUUUCUGUCUGAACGCGGUGGAGAUUCAUCUGAAAGGAUCCUGAGCUUCUUUUAAAAGAGACGAAACACGGAGAACGGAAACAGUUUAACUAAAUUAUCUUUAUGGAAAUACAAAAAAAAAGAUGUUAGUCGCAGAAUCAAUAUAAGAUGUAGCUGACUGCAGAUUUUGAUGCGACAUAAUAAUGUUAUUUAUUCAAAAGUUUUCCCCAAAGUUUUGUUUGUUUUCUUAAGAGCUUAAAAUUAAUUACCUGGUUUUGAUUCUAGUUUAGUUUGACUCUUGAAUGUAUGAAGAGAAUUAGUUUUUUUUUUUUUAUAACAUGUUCAUGUAAACAAACAUCAUUUAAAAUGUUGAAUAAAUUGAACACGAUCCUG